CGUUAUGCAUAUAUUUUUGUGAAAAUGAUGUAGUAGUCAAAUGUGUUGAGACUUGAUUAUUAGUAUAUAAGUGGGUGCUGUUUGGUUCAUUUUGAAACCAAAAAUAAAAAUCGAAACCAAAAAAUAAAAUCAUGGGGGAUUCGACGAUGGAAUCAGGUGCUGGUAGUAGUGGUGGUCUGACAAAGUUCCUGGUAAAAACUUAUCAGUUGGUUGAUGAUCCAUCUACUGAUGAUAUAAUAUCAUGGAGUCCAAACAACAACAGUUUCAUUAUUAAGGACACUAUUGAAUUCGCCAAGAAUUUUCUUAAAAAUUAUUUCAAACACGAAAAUUUCUCCAGUUUCGUUCGUCAGCUCAAUACAUAUGGAUUUCACAAAAUAAAUCCUGACAAAUGGGAGUUUGCUAAUGAAUAUUUUCGAAAAGAUCAAUAUUAUCUUCUUAGUAAUAUUCGCCGCAAGAAAACUGUUCACCGUCACUCUCGUGGAGAAGUAGAAAGGUCUGCAUUUGAAAAAGAAAUUGAGAAACUUUCUAAUGAAAAGGCCUCAAUUGAAUUAGAUAUUUCUAACUUCAAGCAGAAGAUGCCAACUAAAAAGCUUCAUGUCGAAAAUCUAAUGCAAAGUUUAGAAGCAUUGGAGAAAAGGCAUAAUAAUUUGAAGAACUCAUUUGAAAUGAUUCUUCAAAAUCCUACAUUGGUUGAAAAAAUGAAUAACAAAAUUGAGUUCAUUUUUUCCUUAAGGUUUUCCAAUAAAAGACCUUUUCCUGAUGUUGCUGAAAAUGCUUUUGUUGAGAUUGAUAGCUACAAUGGAGCUCUGAAAGUUGGAAAUAGUAUGACUGAUAAUGAUAGCAACUUGGGGUUGAUGGAAGUUGGAAAUGAUUUUCCUGACAUUGAUACCAAUUAUGAAUUUUUGAAUUUUGAAGAUAUUUUUGAUGAGAAUGGUAACAACUUUGAAUCUAUGGAAGAGGGAGAAAAUGCACAUCCUAAGGUAAUGGAUAGAAACGCAAACAACAACAACUUUUGAAUUUGCAUUUGGCAAAGAGUUUAGAAUAAAAAAGGUGAUGGUGGAAGAAUAUUUUCAAUAGAAAUUUGAAUGCAGUUACAAAUGACUAUUUGUGAAAAAUAUGAUGUAAAGAAAAUUUCAAUCUAUAAAAAAUACUCCAAGGAUCAAUAAAAAAAGUGUUUGGUGUA